AUGAACCAGAGAAUUGCUUCUCUGACUUCAGAAAUUGCUGGGAAGCCCCAGCUCCAUGAGCAACUAACUGUUGAACGCGCACAGCUCUACAGCAGAAAAGCGAAAUGCCUAGAAGCUUGGAAGAAGGAAUUCAUACAAGAUUGGUGGCAUUCUGCUUACGACGAAUACAUCUCCGGAAACGAAUUCACGGAACGUGAUAGGACCCCUCUAUUCAACAUAUACAAGAAGUAUCUACCAGAACGCGCUUGUCUCAGAGAAUCCCUUUUCACGGAAACCUCAUUGGAUAGUGUUAUCGGCCAACAAUGCCUAGAGGAUAUGGUCGCGCUUUGUACAUCCACGGAACGCGUCGUUUACUAUCCCGGACUUUUACCUGAGGAAAAUCAAUGCCCAAUAUGUUCCAAGCUUAUGUCACAUGUCGAAGACGAUCCCUAG